UCGCUCGAGCCCGAUCCAGCGAGUGCUGCGCGCGCGUGUGUGCUGAGUUGGACCGGGAAUAAGAAAACUUUCACAUUGUUUUUAUCUAUUAAAACUAAGAUAUGACACGAACUUUUGCACCUGUUUACGCGAUUUUAACGAAUCUGUGAGUUUUUUUCUCUCCGCAAUGGGCGUUAACAGCGUUACAUCAGCGCUUUAUUCCCAACAGGAUCAUUUACCCAUGCAUGUGGAAAAUGGAGUUGAUUUGGAUGUUGAAGAGUGACCUCAGAAGUGAUUUGAGGAUUUUCUCUACAUGUGGGCUGCAGCGGUACUCCGUCUUGUUUGUGAAGUGAAAUGAUGGCGACACAUUGGACGAAACCAGACGAUGAAGAUGACGAUGAACUGAAUUAUGCUGGUCUAUCUCCACACUGCGAGGAUGUGGCAGAUGAGGACGAGGCUUCAGGAGUGCUCUUUCAGCCGGAAGAAGAGCCAUUUUCCUGGCCGGGACCAAAGACGCUUCAUCUGCGCCGCACUUCACAAGGCUUUGGUUUCACUCUGCGUCACUUCAUUGUGUACCCACCUGAGUCAGCUGUGCAUUCAACUUUUAAGGAUGAAGACCAUGGACCGAGAGGGAGACCGCGAAACAGACUGGAGCCCAUGGACACGAUAUUUGUGAAGCAGGUCAAAGAGGGAGGGCCCGCUCACAGCGCCGGACUCUGCACGGGAGACAGACUAGUGAAAGUCAAUGGUGAAAGCAUUGUUGCGAUGACGUACUCGCAGGUCAUUGGGCUCAUCCAAAACAGUCAUACAUUUUUGGAAUUGUGUGUGAUGCCAAAAGAUGAAGAUAUCCUACAACUGGCCUAUUCCCAGGAUGCCUACCUUAAGGGUCAUGAUGCAUACAGUGGAAAUGCCCGCCAUAUCCCCGAACCACCACCUGUAUGUUACCCCCGAGUAGACUCCAAGCCCCCCGGGAUGGCCCAGGCCACUGAGACCCCAGCCCCGGGGGGUUUACCAUCUGAUUUAGGAUACCGUGUGGAGAUACCGGUACCUCCUUCACCUCCACCAACAAUUCCAAAGACGCAGACCGCGGUUUGUGUUUGCAAUGAAAGUGUUCGGACGGUGGUCGUACCUCCUGAUGUUCACAUGGGCCGUAUGGGUCAUAGGGGGGACUAUGGUCUAAUAGAUCCAAUGCUGGUUAGAGCACGGCCUGGUACGGUGUCUGGUGGUCGCCCUCCGUACCUCCACCCUCGUAAAGUCGACAUGUUCUCUUCAGGUUACCAUGGGGAUCCUUAUGCCAUUCCACCUACACACUAUUUGCCUGCAUCCACUGCUACUCACCAAAACAUUGACUGGCGGACUUAUCAGACGUACCGGGAAUAUAUUGAUCAUAAAGGUCUCCAUGCUUACAGUCGGACUAUUCAGGAACGUUUAGACAGCUUGCGAGCUGCCUCUCAAAGUGUCCACGGUGGACCUCACUAUGGACCCCAACCGAACUGGGGUAAUAAGUUACGCCGCAGAAGCACGUCUCAUGACCGGGCCUACCAGGGCCCAUCUGUGCUUCCUCCACGCAGCGCCUCACAGGAUAGGAUGAGUGGGGCCGAGAGAGCAGUCCACGCCAGGGACUGGCCUCCUCGUAGUAUUUCCUCCGAUGGCCUCAUGCGGAAACCUCGUGUUCAUUCUUCAGACUAUGUGGAACACAAUGAACUAGUUUCUGGUGUGCCAUGGCCUGCAGUGGACCGGCAGCUGUAUGCCAGAGUAGACCAGAGGAGUCGUCCUAGCAGGCAGUCUCUUCCACCAAGGGCCACUCUUUACCGCCCAGGGUAUGGCAUGAAUAUUAGAGGCAUUGCUGGCUCUCAUCAGCACAGCUCCAGAAUGGACAUCCCACCUACUUCUGCUUUUCCAGAACGGCCUCGCAAUGGCCUAAACCAGGCCAAGGAGCCUUCCCCCAAAGACCAAAAUGUUCGUAAUUCUAUUUCUGGAUCAAUCCAAUCAAGAACUAGGCCUGAAACCAUGCAGAGCCCAGAAACAGGAAAAGAGACUGUUGUGGGACAUAGGUCGGCAUCGUGUUCUGCAAUGCCCCCUCAGAGGACACAGGGUGGGGCAUCAGCUCAGAGGACACACCCACGGGAUCUUGUAGGGUUACCGGUAAAUGGGUCCAGUCCUGUCCAGGGUGUAGUUCUCAGGGAGAAGCCCCCAACAGGGAAAGGUACACCACAACCUCUUCGCCACCCCUCAUAUAUUCUUGCUGUAAAUGACACGGAUGAGCCAGCAGGGGGUGGUGUUUGCUGGUUGCCCAAUGAUGUACGCCGGGAGAUGCACAUGGGGAGAUUGGAGGAGCGGCAUGAAUCCUUCUGCUCCAGUAAUCUGGACGAAUCACUUGACUCCAUUCCCUUCAUCGAUGAGCCAGCAAGCCCCAGUUUAGAUCAUGAUGGCAGCCAUAUUCCUGCAUCGGCCGUGAUAUCUGGAGCUCAGGGUGUGCUCUCUGAUAGCCCAAGCCCAACCACCCCGAGUCCCCUCAUGCGCCGCCAACUCUCACAUGAUCAAGAGUCUCUCAGAAAUGCCAUCCUGGGAUCGGAAACUGGAAGCAAAACGGAGCGUUCAAAAUCAUAUGACGAAGGUCUGGACAGCUACAGGGAUGAAGGGCGCGGGCGAUCCAGUAAACCAAGUCUAAAGGUUUUCAGAAAGGCACUGGAUGGCAAUAAGUCUGAUGACUCCAGCUCAAGGAGAGAUUCCUCCACUGAGAUCUUCAGUGAUUCUACCAAAGAAGGGUGGCUGCAUUUCCGACAGCUUAACACUGAGAAGAGCAAGCGUGUUGGCGGUGGUAUGCGGCCAUGGAAACCGAUGUAUGCUGUGCUGCGGGGACACUCCCUUUAUCUCUAUAAGGACAAAAAGGAGGGGAUUUCUCACGCCAACUCUCAACUGGAGGACGAGCCUCAGGCAGUCAGCAUCAAGGCCUGUUUGAUUGACAUCUCCUACAGUGACACAAAGCGCAAGAACGUUCUGCGGCUGACGACUUCAGACUGCAAGUAUCUGUUUCAGGCAGAGGGCCGGGAAGACAUGCUGUCCUGGAUCAGAGUCAUUCAAGCAAACACUAACCUGGACGAGGAGAACGCUGCCAUAACCAGCACUGAUUUGAUCAACAGAAAGCUCAAAGAGUAUAUAUCAAUAAGUGCUCCCAGCAGUAAAACAGAGCCAUCACCAAAGACCUCCCGGCCGUCUCGCAGCAUUAGACACACACUGCUGGGUGGCAGCAGUAGUAGUAAAAGUCAGAGCCCCCACUCACCCAGAAAUGAACAAGAUCGAAGUAAAGAUGACUCUAGUCCUCCAAGAGAUAAAGGUGCAUGGAGGAGACUUCCAGGAAUGAAGAAAAAGCCCCAGGAUAAGAGACCCAGUCCUGGUGUCACAUUUGGAGUCCGACUGGAUAAUUGCCCCCCUGCACAGACUAAUAGAUUUGUGCCUUUAAUCGUGGAGGUGUGUUGUAAGCUGGUGGAGGAAAGAGGAUUGGAGUACACCGGCAUCUAUAGAGUCCCUGGAAACAACACUGCCAUCUCUAGCAUGCAGGAGGAACUAGACACUAAAGGCAUGACAGACAUCGAUAUCCAGGAGGAUAAAUGGCGAGAUCUCAAUGUUAUCAGCAGUCUGCUCAAGUCCUUUUUCAGGAAACUUCCAGAGCCUUUGUUUACUAAUGAAAAAUAUUCCAACUUUAUUGAUGCCAAUCGAAUGGAGGAUCCCGUUGAGCGGUUAAAAGCAUUGAAGAGACUGAUUCACGAGCUGCCAGACCAUCAUUACGAAACACUCAAGUUCCUCUCUGGACACCUCAAACUUGUUUCUGAAAACUGUGAGAAAAACAAGAUGGAGCCACGUAACCUGGCCAUUGUGUUUGGUCCAACUCUUGUGAGAACAUCGGAGGACAACAUGACCCACAUGGUCACACACAUGCCUGAUCAAUACAAGAUUGUGGAAACUCUCAUUCAGCAAUAUGAUUGGUUUUUCACAGACGAUGGAGAUGAAGAGCCAACGACCACCGUGGAGCAGGAAAGCACAAUUCAGUCGCAGCCUGUGCCCAACAUCGACCAUCUACUGACCAACAUUGGCCGCACGGCUCCGUCGCCGGGAGACGUCUCAGAUUCAACCACCAGUGACUCUGCAAAAUCAAAGCAGGGUUCCUGGGGGUCUGGUAAGGACCAAUACAGUAGAGAGCUGCUGCGUUCUUCCAUCUUUGCCAGCCGUAAGCGCAAAAAGCCCAAGGACAAACCUCAGCCUAGCAGCUCUGAUGAUGACCUGGACGCUAGUUUCUCCAAGAACGACCUUGCAGUGGAAAAUGACCCAAAUUGGCCUGCUGAUGACCCGACAGAGGAGGCAGAGAGUGAAGUUGGACUCGAUGACCAAAGGAGCGAGGAUGUUAACCAGAGCCCAGGAGAGAGCCUCGUUUCCAACAAACAGCUCAACUCUGAACAUUUGCCUCCGCAAAAUUCACCCUCACCUAAGAUGACUUGCAAAUCUAGUUAUCACAUUCAGAUGAUUCAAGAAAGUUCCCUAUCCGACCCUCCCUCUAACUACGAUGAUGGAUGCGUCUCAGAUCUGGGCACGCUGAACAGCACCAGCUCCCAAGCUUCGGUACCAAGGAGGAGGCAUGGCAGAAUACCAGGCCACUGGACGGAGAAUUCAGAAGCAGGCUUAGGAGCGGAAGUCUGCUCGAUUACUUCAGAUUACUCCACCACCUCCUCGAUGACCUUCCACACGGGGGUGGAGUCCGUUGCAUUCAGUCCAGAAGUGCAGUCCGUCGCCGAAAGCCGCGGGGAUGAUGCGGAUGACGAAAGAAGCGAGCUCAUCAGCGAGGGACGGCCAAUGGAGACGGACAGCGAGAGCGACUUAUCAGUGUUCGCUGUCGGACGAGAAGGAGGACCAACGGAUGAUAGCAACCAACCCGAGCCUUUGCAAGAUGUGCCCAAUCUAAUUGCCUCCCAUCGAAUUAUUGCAUGCGACACUCUUUCACGUAAGCGAGGGAGUCGACAGAAGACCGACAGCGAGUCUUCUGCUGACGGGAAUCGCAGUGACAAGGAAUCCAAUCGACUUUCACGAGUACUGGAUGCGGUCAAAGGCCGAUCCACGGGCAGCCUGAGCUCUUCCUCUCGCAGCGAAUCGGAGCGGGCCGAACCCAUGUGGCGAAUCAAAAUCACAGAUCGGUUAAAGUGUCGACUAAGGACGUCCGCCGACGACAUGUUCGGGGUAGGAUCUCAGCGCACAAGGUCUCCCGAGACUCGGAGUAAGCGGAAAAGCAACAUUCGCCGUAGACACACCAUGGGUGGUCAACGUGACUUUGCCGAAUUGUCCGUAAUUGGAGACUGGCAAAGAGUGGAGGGUACCGAGCUCUCGGCUAUGGAUCGUUUAAAGCCCAAGUGCAGUUCACAAGACUUUUCCAUCAGAGACUGGAUUGCUCGGGAGCGACACCGUGCAAGCAACCCUGAAGUUAGCUUGGACAUGCUAGACCUGCACUCUUCGAGAUCAUCCGCCGGGCCCUCGCACUUUCACCCGGGUCAGCUGCUCAAUGGUGACGUAGCGAGUAAGAGCUUAAACCUAGCUUCUGAUGCCCAUCCUCACAAACUCUCCGGUGCUCAAGUGGUCCGUUCCCGUUUCUAUCAGUACCUGUGAAAGUGUGUGUGUGUGAGUGUAUUUCAUAUACACUGUUUAUGAGUGUCUGACAUGUUUUUAAGGUACUUGAGUGAUACUUAAAAGCCAUGUUGGCGUCAAUGAUAGGCUGAGAGUCGAAUACCGUGAGUGAAAAUGUGUUGUGUACAAAAUAAGGAAAAUGUGUGUGAAGUUGAUGGUUGAGCGUUCUCUGACGGAUACGUGGAGUUACAGGCAAUGUCCUGUGAUACUUCCUUCUGUGAAUGAAAUGACAUAGUGACCCGAUGUUAUAUAGUGAAUAGAUGCUCCUCAUUUGUAGUCCAACUGAACCGCAGUAUUGCUGGAAAACUGGAAGUCCCAAUGAUUAUAGAUUUUAGAUUAGAAUUAAGAGUCGAGAUGCUAGAAACGUUACGCAACGGCACUGUUUUAGCAAGAUAAAGGCAAGUAACCGAGAAUUUGGGUGAGCAGGUAGGUCAGUAGUUCGGAUUUGUAGGAUGUUGAGAAGACUAGCGUGUCUUAAUAAUCAAUAUAUUUUAUUGAAAGUGUAAAGGGGUCCCAAAACAAAUUGUGACCAAAACAAGAAUGUAUGUCCUUGUUGUAAUACUAAACAAACCGCCAUUUUAAAGUCUAUGAAGUGUACAUAGUUCCCCUCUCGUGCUUUUGUUUAUUCUGCUUUGCGUGCCGUGCUAUGGAUUCGGUGUCUUGAAUUUUCGGUUUUUAAUGCAGAGCAUGGCAGAUACUCGGCACAGUGAAUCGUCAUAUUUUUGUAAAACAAAGACAAAAAGGAAUUUCAAACUACCCUCUGAUGCAAUUUGCAGUGUAUAUGUUGUUGUUUGUUGUACUGUGACUACUGAGACACAGUUGUUGUCUCUGGCAUAAAAGCUGGGAAAAAUAAUGGGAAAAGAAUGGAUUGUCAAAUGAAAUCAGGUUUUGGGAAUAUGAAAGUGCCUCAUUGAACAUCGGUUAUGGAUUGUUAAAAGUGCCGCAUCUCAUUAAUGUUGAAUUAAGAUGUACAAAAUAUAAAAAAGAUGAUUUUUUUUUUAACUUAAGCCUCAUUCAUGAAUUUAAAAAAAAUGAAACUCUUCCAUUCCUACAGCAUUCCUCGGGUCUUAACACUAUUUUAAUGCAUUAUUGUUUUAAGUUUUGCAUUCGAUAUUUUAACCAGACUUGAAUUUUAAAUAUUCCUGUAAAGUAAGUAACUUAAAUGUAAAUAUCUAUUACUUGUUUUAGCUUCUCCUCUACCUGCAGUCAUCAUCAUUGCAUAAGUUCUAUUUUGUAUGUAUUGUACAAUACAGAGGUGAUGUUAAGGGACCUGGGGAGUGAACAUGCAAAUCAUCUCUAGGGGUCUUUAGUGUCCCCGUUUGUGAACAAUGCUUCCCUAACCGUUUGUAUCAUGCUGUGUUCGUUCCUACAUUGGACGCACAUUGUAAAACACUGGAAAAUAAACCCUUUUUGUCUGAUAA